AUGUAUUCAAGCUCCUCGACAGAGUUCGUUAUUGCCUUUGGAAGGAAUAGUGGAGGUGACAAUACAGUACUGAAACUGCUCAUUUCAUCAGUCGAGCCAGGUCCUGUCCCAGUC